AUGGAUUCUGAAUUUUCUUUACAUUAUUCUAAUAAAGUUUUCAAUGAUCUAGUUGAAACUUCUAAAAAUUUACCUAACGAUAGUUCUGAGUUUGAAUCCAUUCAAUUGAGCAUUAAUGAAAUUAGGAAAAGAGCCUCUGAAUUGAGAAAAGAUAGAGAAGCAAAACAAGUUAAUCAUACUAAGGCUCAUUAUUUAUUGGCUGGCAGUGGUAUCUCCAUUGAAGAUGUAGAUAAUUCAAUCAAGAACUUACAAUCUAAACAUAUCAUUGAACAGCAUUUUCCAAAUAAACAAUUAGAAGGUGAAUUAGAUACCUAUUUGAGACUUAAGAAAGAUGAAAAUAUUUUAUCAUCUAUAGAGAAGCUUCUAUCAACAGCUUCAAAGGAUUUUGAUUCAUUUGUUAGCCAAAACUUGAACUUAGAUUGGGAACAACAUAAAGAUGAAGUUAGAGAAAACUUUGGUAUUUUAGUUAAAAGAAAAAAUAUGGAUUCUAAUAAAUCUGGAUUCAGAUCUGUAACACCCGCUGUUCCAAAAUGGGGCGGAAACAAUAACAGUAUCUUAGAUAGCUCUAGUGGAUUUAGAUUAAAUGUGAAUGAGAAUUACCUAUUGAGAGAUAAAUUUGAAAGAUACGCUAAAAUUAUUCAUGCAUUCAACAAUGCAAGACAAGUAAGAAGAGAUUUCCCAUUGGUAAAUGAAAUCAUAUCAAUGUUGAACAGUUCUGGAGACUCAAAGAAUAGACAGAUUAUGGAGUCAUGGUAUGUUCUAAGAGAUAUUUGUACCUCUAAAGUGGAUGAUGUUGUUAUAAGAAGCAGACUAUAUUUAGAGAAACAAUUUAUGGAAUACAUAGAU